AGCCUCCCCGCUGCCCACCACCACCCCCGCCACCCCCACCUCCUCCGCCGCCGCCGCCACCUCCACCCCCACUCCCGCUGCCUCCGCCGCCUCCACCUCCACCGCCGCCACCUAAGCCCCCAGUCCCGCCACCACUCCCACCUCCACCCCCACCCCCUCCUCCUCCUCCUCCACCGCCACUACCGCCGCCCCCGCCGCCCCCUCCACCCCCCUUGCCCCACUUGCCCUUGCUGUUGCGGCGCUUGCCACUAGGGGCAGACGCAGUGCCGACCGACUCGGUGCCAUCGAGGUCGACAGCAGCAGCAGAGGCAACAGAAGGCAAAAGAGGGACGGGGGAGCACCCCUCAAAGAAAGGGGCACGGGGGUACGGCAGCAUGAGGCGGCUAAGGGCAGCAGUGGCAAGGGAGGAGUAG